UCCGUCUGUCUGAGAGCAGCUGGAGCUGCUGCCCUCCAGUGGCUGACGUGGAAUAUUUCUUUUUAGGAAAAGCCCCUGCGUGUUUGCCAUUGGUUUCUUUUAAAGACUUGUGCCGUUAUACGUAUUUUCUAAUGGUGUUUAAAAUUCGUUUUUUGGGGGCUAAUCAAAAAUAUUAUUCGAAAUGUAUUUUUAAACCGGAAGUACGAAGAUACGUUUUUCCAUGACAACCAGCGACGCGUUCUAGCAACUGCUUCAGAAUGGCAAAAAUGAUUGGUGCUAAGAAAUCAUUGUGGCAACAAGUCUGUGAAGAAUAUGAGUCGGAGCAGCCCAGUCCACCCAGCGCUGCUUGGACAGACAGUGGUUCAGUGAGCACUCAUGUCUCCCAGUACAGCGCCAGCAAGCACUCUCCUGUCUUCUAUGGUCUCAUGGCAGCUAAGGUUGUUGUGGAUGAUGAUCCUGUGAAGCAUGUUGACCCUCUUCUGAGCCACCCUGCCCUUGCUGGAUACUCUGUCUUGGACAAACCUCCAUCCUCCUGUCACAGACAGCCUCCGACCACACACCCUGCAUCCACUCCCCAGCUCCAUCAACGCCCAAUCACCCAGUUCCUGGAGGGGUCCGUGUUCCCAGUGCUACUGCCUGGACUGGAGGCCAUGCUGAGAGAGGCCCAGAGACAACACUGCCUGGAGAGGAAAAGAACAGCAUUCAACGCUUGUGACUUCCUAACUGAGUGGCUGUACAAUCGGAACCCCCGCCGGCAGGGACAGGCCCCUGUGGACUUCCAUGAGAUCCCAUUUGUCAAGGACUGGCUCAGGAUACAUCCCAGGCCUCCCAUCCCUCUCUCCCUACUGCUGUCAGACCAGCAUGCUGCUGUUCUCAUCCAGUCCUUCUGGCGGGGCUAUACUGUGCGGGCCCGUGCAGAUGUGCAGGAGCUGCGCCAGUGGCAGAGGGAGCUUAGAGAGGAUAACCGUGACAUCACCAAAACAGUCCAAGAAUUCUGGGCUCACCAGGAGAGCCGGGUGAGCUCGGCCCUCAAUGACCUCAGGGGGGACUCCACCACCCCUCAGACCCCUCAGCUCGGUGGUGGGUACUCCAACUCAGACGUGUCCAUCCAGGUGGUCUCCCCCACCCCCCAGAGCACCGUGUUCCACACCCCCACCUCCCAGAUGAGUCCUGAGAGCACCGAGUCGCUGACCCCCAGCCUGCAGGGAGUAGAGGACCUUACCAGGGAGGAGAGGACACUAACUGACUCACUGACCCUGCCCGAGGCUGCUGCCGUCACUGCUUUAGCCACCGCUAUGGAUACCUUUUCCCCAUCCUUAGGUAGCCACUGAAAGGCCAUAGAGGCUGAGGCAAUGUGUGUCCCAAAUGGCACCCUAUUCCCUAUACCAGAGCUGCCCAAUCCUGGUCCUGGAGGGCUGAAAUACAGUGGCUUGCAAAAGUAUUCACCCCCUUGGCAUUUUUCCUAUUUUGUUGCCUUAC